GUCUCUGCUUCACGGUCAUCACCAACCGAACGCUAGGUCAGAUCGAUCUGGAUACUGUCGACGCAUGAAUAAACUUGGCCAGACAACAGCACCUGGACCAGAAGAACAGUAGAACUUCAACAUCUACUUUAGUAGGAAUCUUGGGCCGGGAUUUCUGUAUUAGUGUGAAGUCUAAGCUGGAAGACUACAACCAUCAAAAUGGACGGCAACCGGGCGUACUACACCCUACCGUUCUUCCGAUUCACCAACUUCGUCCGUAUUCUGGUGUUCCUUGACGGAGUUGUCUCUGUGGCACUUUGGCUCGCAGGUGGCCAUACCCAGUACCUGGAGGACAAUGUGGUUCAUUUCGACUUCUACCGCUCGGUGUUCGAGCUGGCCUGCCUGUCUCUGCUCCGCAUGUGCCUCCUGUUCCACUUCUUCACCAGGGUCGAGGAAAUCUCCAUGAAGCUUCUGGACGAGCCGUACGAUCGCGGUCUGAUGAAGAAGAGGCGCGCGUACUACGUGUCGGCCAUUUUCUUCACACUGCUGUCCACGGCGUACGCUGUCACCAAGGGAGUGUUCGUCCUCCAUAAGGAAAGUUAUAAAGAGAUGCACAGCACCUACGUUGCCGUCUGCAUAGCGUCGUUCGUGUUCAGCGUACUUGAGCUGCUGCUGGGGCUGGUGUUCCUCCGCAUGGCCCGGAGGCUGCAGCUCAUGCGCAUCAUCCACCGCAUCAACAGUGACGGGCAGGAGAUAGACGAGGAAGGAAACACCAUCAAGAAGAAAGUCAACCUCAAGAGACUGUUCACCAUGGCUCGAGAUGAAUGGUGGAUUCUGGGCCUGGGGUGCAUAGCCCUGCUCAUCUCUAGUGCAUCCAACAUGAUGGCGCCACUGUUCUUCAGUUUUGUGGUGGACGCAGCUCUAACCAGCAUAGACAAAGUGAACCACACAGUGCUGGUCCUGUUGCUCAUUUACAUCGGAGGCGCGAUCGCCGCGUUCUUCCGUUCCUGGCUCUUCACGCUGGCCGGGAUGCGUUUCGUGGCCAGACUUCGGGAGGAAUUGUUCGCAGCCAUCGUUAAGAACGAGAUCGCUUUCUUUGACACUACAAGGACUGGAGAGUUGACCAACCGCCUGGCUUCAGACACUGGUGUGGUGCAGAACUCUGUUACUGUGAACAUCUCCAUGUUGUUCCGGUACCUGCUCCAGAUUGUCGGUUCCCUGUCAAUCAUGUUCGUCCUGAGCGCCAAGCUGACGGGCGUGCUGCUCUCCUGUGUCCCCAUCGUGUCUAUCGGGGCCAUGGUCUAUGGAAAGUAUGUCCAGGGCAUCAGGAAAGCCUUCCAGGACGAGCUGGCAGCAGCCAGCACCGUAGCAGAGGAGUCUAUCUCCAGUAUCCGGACGGUACGAAUGUUUUCUGGGGAAGAGAAGAGCAAGAGGGACUACAACGUCAGCGUGGACAAGAGCUACGGCUACGGCAAGAAACUGGCGCUGGCUGGCGGAGGGUUCAACGGCAUUGUGGGAGUGGUGGCGUUUGGAGCCAUAGUGCUGGUUCUGUGGUACGGAGCCAAACUGGUCAUCAUGGAGCAGGAGCAUCCCGGCACAGGGAUCACUAUCGGCACCCUCACAGGUUUCAUGAUGUACACCCUGAAUGUGGCCAUGGCUUUUGCCUUCAUCUCCAGUCUGUAUGGGGACUUUAUGCAGGCCUUGGGAGCCUCUGAACGUAUCUUUGACCUGCUGGACAGGAAGGCAGAAGUGAACAUGUCUGGUGGGAAGGUUUUGGAUGGACUGCAUGGAGGGAUUCUGUUCAAAAAUGUGUCAUUCACUUAUCCAUCCAGACCUGACUCUGAAGUUCUGAAGGAAGUGUCCUUCGCUGUAGAGCCAGGUAAGGUGGUGGCUCUGGUGGGACCCUCGGGUGGAGGCAAGUCCACCAUCGUCAGUCUCAUUGAGCGAUUCUACGACCCCAAUUCAGGAACAAUCUUGCUGGGUGGACAUGACCUGUCCACGCUGGAUCCCAAGUGGUUCCGUCAGCACAUCUCCAUGGUGAGCCAGGAGCCCACGCUGUUUGCCACCACCAUCAAGGAGAACAUCGCGUACGGGCGGGAAGCCACCGACGAGGAGAUCGAGGACGCUGCCAGGCAGGCCAACGCCCACCAGUUCAUCUCCGAGUUUGAGGAGGGCUAUGACACCAUGGUAGGGGAGAGAGGUGUGCGUCUGUCCGGAGGUCAGAAACAGAGGGUCGCCAUCGCAAGGUCACUCAUCAUGAACCCCACCAUCCUGCUACUGGAUGAGGCGACCAGCGCCCUGGAUGCUGAGAGUGAGCACCUGGUGCAGGAGGCCAUCGACCGCGCCAUGAAGGGACGAACCGUGCUGGUCAUCGCGCACAGACUGUCCACGGUCAGGAACGCUAACGAGGUUGUUGUUAUUGACAAGGGGAGGAUUGCGGAGAGAGGGACCCACGAAGAGCUGCUACACAAAGGCGGUGUGUACAAGAAACUGGUUCUACGCCAGCUCAGCGCCGGCCACGCCAUGCCAUCCAUCAACACCGACAUCGCGGAUAUCGAGGAAGAAGGCUCACAGGAGGGGUCCGAGGGAAGUAACGAAAGCAACGGCACCGAAAGAUAAUGUGGGGAAUGCUCGUUUAUUAAUUGCUGAGGCCACACUAGUUUAAUUUGUUGGUUCUCGGAUUUUUUUCAUGAAAAAA